UGAUGUAAACUCAAAAUUCGUAUUUUGACAUUGUUGACAUCAUUGUGUCAGUGUGCGCGACUGCGCGACUGGACUGACUGAAGCAACUGAAUGUGAUUGUGUUUUGGGGGUAUUAGACAUGUCAAACUUCAUUACAAUUUUACAUCGUUCUAUUUACUUUUAUUAGAAAGUGUGUUGUACAAACAAAUAAAUGAAUAGUGAUUCUUCAGAAGGGAAACCUGGGGGGGUUAUCAUCAAGCCGUCAGCUCGAAGGAGUAUUCAUAGCUAUAAAAACGAUAGGUUAAGAUCAAAUGAAACAAUGGGCAGGUAUGGGCUAAACAAAUCUAACAACCAAACUGGCCCAGAUGCGGUUGACAAAGGAGUGGAUGAAGUGGACAAUGUAAUGAGCAAAAUGGCUCGUCAAACAAGUCCACUAUCAAUACGAAAGAACAAGUUACAUCGAAAGAAUUCAUAUUCACAGGAUUCUACUGGAGAUUUCUCAAAUUCAGAUGACAGUACUCUCAAUGUGCUUUCAAAAUCUUUACCUGCAACACUUCCGUCACAUUUCCAUUACAGUGAUGAUUCUGAUGUUGAAGGUAGCUAUUCCAACUCUUUAUCAAAAUCAAGAGCAGAAGAUAAGAGUUACCAAUCCGUAAAAAAUAGAAGUAACAUCAGUUCAGAACGUGAUCCAUCGUCACCUCAUCAACAGAAGUUGAUUGCCUUUUCAAGAGUAAAUCCUGGAGUAACCCAACCCCAGCCAACAAACACAUCACGAAGCAUUAUUCUUCCAAUAUUCUUAGUUGUUAUAGCUGCAUUUACAUAUUAUAUAUUAAAAGAUCAAACAACAAUCUACACUCAAGAAAAAUCAACGCAAACUAAUUAUGAUGAAAUUAUAUUUGAAAAUAAUUUGAGAAACCUCCAGGAGAAAUACAAUAUUGAUGAUGAUUCUAUUCUACAAUUGAAGAGUGGUAUAUCAACAAUAAUUUCACGGAUGGACACAGGGUCUUUUAUGUUCGUUUAUAACGGCAAAAAUAACAAUUUCGAUGCUGUUAAAUUCGGCAAGUUCACAGACGAAGUUGCCUAUACUGCUGCAAAAUAUUUACGUAGUGAUAUGUCUUCCAUACAACAUACAAUAGUGGAAAGUGCAAAUCUGGACAUGCAGGAACAUGCAGAGCUGAUCUCGAGGUACAGGGAUGACGUCAACAGAUCCGGUGUGAUGCUUGUCAAAGAAAUAGACGCAGUACCUUCAGACCUGGCCAUGGCCUUCCACUAUUACUGUGAUGAAUAUGAUCCUCUUGUCAAGAAGAGUGCUAUAUUUUUCACACUGAAUAAGGCUAAUUGUUCAAAUACACCAGCAAAAGCGACACAUGAUUUUGUCGAAAAGUGUCUUACAAAGAAAUGGAAGACGGUGUCCGCAGAAAAUCUAAGGCCACUACUAACCAGAGUGGUCAAUGUCAUAAUAGAUGUGACCAGUGCAUUUUAAUCCAGUAUUUUAUUGAAGUGAUCUAUUAGUUUGUUAACAUAUUACGUUUUUUAUUUAUUAAUAAGAUUUAAUUAUUAAUAUUUAUAAUUAAAU